UAUGAGUCGAUCCUCAACAUCAACUUCUAGUAAUUCUAGAAGCUCUAGAUCACGUUAUGGUAAAGAAGUUAAAGAGUUGUAAGAUGCUUUAAAUUAAAAUAAAAUUGAAUCAAAGAGAGAUGCAAUUAGAAAAGUAAAAAAUUUAAUUUAAAAUUUAUAGAUUAUUGAUGCUAUGACUAGAGGUAAAGAUGUUAGUAUGCUCUUUCCUGAUGUUGCAAAAAAUAUGGAAACUGCAAAUUUAGAACUUAAAAAAUUAGUCUAUUUGUAUAUCAUCAAUUAUGCAAAAAUCAUGCCUGAUCUUGCUAUUAUGGCUAUUAAUAGUUUUAGAAAAGAUGCCAGAGAUAAAACUAAUCCAUUUUUAAGAGCAUUAGCUAUUAGAACUAUGGGAUGUAUUAGAGUUAAGUAAAUUACAGAAUAUUUAUUGGAUCCAUUAAAAGAAUCUAUAAAAGUAAAUAAUUUUCAUAUUUUUUUAUAGGAUGAAGAUUCCUAUGUCAGAAAAACUGCUGCAAUUUGCAUUUCAAAAUUAUUUGAUGUUUCUCCAGAAUUAAUAGAAGAAUAAGGACUUUUGAAACUAUUAGAAAAUUUACUUAAUGAUGGUAAUGCUAUGGUUGUUGCAAAUGCUGUAUGCGCUUUACUAAUUGUCUAAGAAUCUAAAGGAACUACAAUGCUCCAAUUAAAUGCAUUGACAAUAUAAAAAAUAUUGACAGCUAUGAAUGAAUGUAAUGAAUGGGGUGUUAUUUAUUGUCUUGAUGCUUUAGCACUCUAUAUUCCAGAGGAUGGAAAAGAAGCAGAAGCGUAAUACAAAUAUCUAAUAUUAAUAGAAUCUUGGAAAGAGUAAGUCCAAGAUUGAAUCAUAAUAAUCCAGGAGUUGUUUUAUCAGCUUGUAAAAUUAUGAUGAAAUUUCUUGAUUAUCUUUAAAAUCCAGAAAUCAUUAGAUAAAAUGCUCUUAAAAUGACUGCUCCAUUAAUUUCUUUACUUAGUUUAGGCAAAGAACCAGAAAUUUAAUAUGUGGCUCUUAAAAAUAUUAAUUUAAUCAUUUAAAAGAGGCCUAUUAUUAUUGAAAAAGAAAUUAAAGUAUUCUUUUGCAAUUUUAAUGAUCCCAUUUAUAUAAAAUUAUAGAAACUUGAAGUUUUAUCAAAAAUAGCUAAUUAAGAUAAUAUUCAAUAAAUUCUACAUGAACUAAAAGAAUAUACACAAGAAGUAGAUGUAGAAUUUGUUAGAAAAUCAGUUAGAACAAUAGGUAGAUGUGCAAUUAAAUUGGAAAAGGCUGCAGAAAAAUGUGUUACUGCUUUAUGGGAGUGUUUAAAAACUAAGGUGAAUUAUGUUGUGAUGGAAUGUAUCAUUGUUAUUAGAGAUAUAUUCAGGAAAUAUCCACGCAAAUAUGAAAUGAUAUUAAAAGAUCUAUGUGAUAAUCUAAAAAGCUUAGAGGAUCCAGAGGCAAAAGCAUCUAUGAUAUGGAUCAUUGGUGAAUAUGUAGAUACUAUUGAAAAUGCUGAUGAUUUAUUGUCUAAUUUUAUUGAGAAGUAAAUUAAAAAUUUAAUUAUUUAGUUUCAAAGAUGAACCAGCUAAUGUAUAAAAUUAAAUAUUGGUUGCAGUUAUGAAAUUGUUUUUAUAAAGACCAGUCGAUGGAAAAGAAAUAAUUCAUAAUUUAUUAAAGGUUGCUACUAUGGAAUGUGAAAAUCCUGAUGUGAGAGAUAGAGCAUAUAUUUAUUGGAGAAUGCUAUCUACUGAUCCAGAAUUAGCAAAAAAGAUUGUAUUCUCAGAAAGACCUACUAUUUCUGAUGCUAGUUAUACACUUGAAAAUGAACUCUUAGAUAAAUUGAUUGAAAAUAUUGGAAAUCUAAGUUCAGUUUAUACAAAAAAGCCAGAAAGCUUUGUUAAAAAAUUAAGAGAUGUGUUAAAUUCAAAAAUGUAAGAUAAAGCAGAAGAAGUAUAUGAUGAUGAAUAACUAAUGUAUGGAAAACCAGAAGAUUAGAGUGAUUAAUAAGCAGGUCCGUAAUCUAAUAUCUAUGAAGGAAAUUAUGAAACCUCAUCAUAAAUAUCAUAAUAAACUAAUACAUAAUCAUAAAUUUAAUAAGUUUAAUAAAAAGUAGAUUUAUUGGAUUUAGAUGAUUCAUAACCAUAAUAAUAAUAAUAAUAAUAAUAAUAAUAAUAAUAAUAAUAAUAAUAAUAAUAAUAAUAAUAAUAAUAAUUAAAUAUUAAAAUACCAUUUUCUGAAGUUCUUAAUUCCAAUACUCCAGGAGCAUAAAGUAAAAUAGUUGGACUUUAAAUUGAAGCCGCUUUCUAAAAAAAUGGAGAUAAGAUUAUUCUAUAAUUAAAAUUUUCCAAUAAAACCUAAGAUAAAUCAUUUUAAGUAUUCAAAAAAAGAUAUUUAGGAAUUUGGAAUUAAAUUUAACAAUAAUCCAUUUAAACUAUAACCUGAUUCUAUUGAUAUUUCUAGUCCUCCUAUCUCACCAGGAUAAAGCUUGAUUACUUAAAUCUUUAUAAACACUAAUGGAUCUGUUUGUUAAGAUGCUCCUUAAAUGCCUUAUAGGAUAUAGGUUGCACUAAAAACUAAUUUAGAUGUGUUUUAUUUUUUUAUUCCUAUGUCACUCAGUGUGUUAUUUGUACUUUAUUCCUAGUAAUAUAGAGCACAAAUGGUUAAAUUACUUAGCAAAAAUUUGUUGAAUUGAGUUCAAUUUAAAAUUGUGCAAGAAAAACAGAAGUUCUUUAAUUAUAAAUAGAUUAUCAAUAAGUAACUAAGUAUUAUUAUUAUUAGAUGAGAGAAAAGUUAGAGAGAAAUUAUUUAUAUUUAGUUGGAAUAAGGAAAGAUGAAAAAGGAGUGGAAUUAUUAUCAUACUCUAUUGGAUUAGUUAAUGGCAUGGCAAUCUUAAUUAAUGUCAUUCAUAUUCCGAAUGCCAUAAAUUUAUAAAUAUAAGCUCCUCAUCCAACAUUAAUUCCAUUAAUAUAUUAAGCUAUAGGGUUUAUUUUAACAAUAAAUUGA